CAAAUUUCUUGCUUAUACCGUACCUCUACUCAUCGAGUUUUUACUGGCGUGUUGAGACCCUUGCUCGUCAGAACCAGGAUCUCAUCGUCUACAGAAGCAUUAGCGAUGAGUUGUCGGCUAGUUCUACGCAUGAAUUCGCUAUCGUCUCUAUCUCGAGUCAGAUUUUUGUCUGUGUCACCUCCUCUCCACAUCCCACUGCAAUGUGACCUAAACUCAGCAUCUCCCAACCCUGUCAACUGUUAUCUUUUAUAGGUUGUACCGUUAAUGAUUUUGUAUGGUCUUAUUCCGGCAGUAUUUCUGCACCUCACUGCAACGUCGAAAGAUCCAGUCAUCUUCAGAGACAGUUUUCAGCUGCUCUCGAUUCAGCGUCAAAUUCGACUUCAUCGCAUUUGAGUAUUACAAGUGAAGCUUCUUCACGGGUCUCUUCUCUUCUCAACCAUCUCUAUUUUUUUUUGUUAUGUUUUGUUUAUUCUUGCAUUUCAGCUUACCGUCGAGUUAUGUAAUUGCCCAUCGAAAUUUUAGUGUUAAAAAAAAAAUACCCAAUCGACUACGCACGAAUAUAUAACGAGUGUGAGUAUACUAUUCACGUGCAUGGACCAAUAAAACACACAAACCUCUAAAAUAGAAAGGGACAAUGUAUAAGCACCAAAAUGUUGACACGUAAAUAGCCACAAAAAUUUCAAAGGUCUCAUUCAUCAUAAAUCUAGUGAAUUUAAUUAGAACUUUUAUGUUGCAACCACGAAUUUUUCUUCUAUUCUCAAUUUUUCGUUCAUUUUCGUUAAUGAAGGCAGAAGCAUCUUGGUUCAUAGUAGUAGGUCCAAAAAUAAUCAUAGAUAUAAAAAUAGAAUAAAAUGAGUCGAGUUUUUCAAGACUUUCACCUAUAAGUUAGAGAACCAUCAACAUCAUGCAUAUUGUCGAUUUGUUCAUAUAUCGCAGUCAUUUGUCUUACUAGUUGUUUUAUUCAGUGAAAUAGUUUGUCUACAAUUAUCACAACUGCUAACAUUUUACGGUUCCAGUCUUAAAAAUAUUGGGUUAUAUUACACUUGUUUUUAAAAUUAGAAUUUCCGGGCUUUAAGUCCAUAAUUUUCCAUGACCCGAAGUCAAUGUUUAAAAAUUUCGAGUUAAAGAAUUUUUUCAUACCAAAUGUGGUUUGAAUCCGAGACAUAUCCCUUGCACUAUUAUUUGUUGUCACUGGAAAAUAAUCUACAGACUACAGUAAUAGCCAACCAAAGUAUAUAGUCAUCACAUAUUCACAUCGUCUUAAUUUUUGACUAAUGAUCUAUUAAUAAUACACGUGGUUUAGCAAUGAAGGGUAUUGAUUUAUGGGGAGGACAAUUAAUUAUUUUGAUCACAUUUAAUUAUACUAAAUUGGCCUAAUUCUCUGACGUAUACAUGUAACUCUCCGUCGUCUUAAAUGACAUGCUAUUUUUAUAUAGUCAUCAUAUUUUGUGGCUGUAUAAUAUAUGGUCAUGAUUCACGCUUCUUUGCAAAAUCAGUUUGGUUUAGGGGGAUUUUUUAAACAUUUCAUUAAUCUAGAAAUACUCUUUGUAAAAAAAAAAGAGUCAACUGUCAAAAUAUUUCCCCAGUAUGUAUGUUCGAAGAUUGUCCUCAGAAUUAAAAAGUUACUAUGAUGUGGAGUUUGUGAUAAUCAUUUAGUGUAGUAAAUUGCACUGGCCAAUAAUUCAUCUCACACAAAUCAUGCGAAUUAUUGGGACACGGUCUUUUGAUUCGUUAUAUUCAUUACGAUUAUACGACACAAGUCGUGAUUAGUUAACACGAAAAUAUAAUAAAGAGAAUGAUUGUGUUUAAAAAUUAAAACUAAAUAAAUAAAGUUAAAGAAAUGAGAUGUGUAAGUAAGAUCAAGUGGCGUUGUCGUGGCGGAAACAAAAGCCACCAAAUGAGUAGAGUAGUCCACGUUUCCUUAUCUUCCGGUUAAUGGUUUUGACCUCUCAUCAGUUUGUUGCUACUUUCAUUUCUCAUCAAUGUACUAUUGAAUCAUUCGACGUUAUGGAUUAAUUAAUAACCAAAACAAUACAUUCGUUUGAUUAUUAAAAUGAUUAAUUAAUACGUUUCCUCAAUUUAAAUCAUAACAACUAAAGAUACCCUUUGGCAAUAAUCUUUUAAUAUGAUUGCAGUUUUUGUCUUGAGAAAAUGUAAGAAAAGAGUGAGAUGGAGAUAGAAGAAAAAAAAGGGUCAAUGACUCAAUGAUUCAUCAUGAGGUAUAGACGCUGAUGCAUGCCUUUCGGAUUUAGUUGGCGUGUCGUUUAUUGCUUCUAAAACGGCAGGUAUUCUGUUACUACUUCUCCCUCCAUCUUUUUUUCUCCACCACCAUAAUAACUAACCUUCUUCUUCGGGCAUGAGGAACGGCGUGUAAGUGACGUUACUAAUACUAUAAACGCCGCCGUCGUAUAUAUCUAAUUACGUAAUUAAUGUUGUGUACGUACGUUGCCUGGUGCAACCGGUAAGCAUGGUAGGAAACGUCUUAAGGUAUGAUGACGUGAUUAUUAUUAAUAGUCGAGAGAUCGACACUUGUAAGUUAUACGGUUGUUGGAAGAGUCACAUGACAUGGGUGUGGUUUUUGUUCUUCGUACCGGACAUGUUCACCGACCAAUCCUGUAGAAAUAUUUUGCAUUAAUUGCAAUAGUUUGUAACCAUGGUGCAGUAAUAAUAGUUUGUAAUUUUGCAUUAAUUGCAAUAGUUUUUAUUUUGGUAUUUUAAGAUUGUAUGUUAAUAAUGCCACAGUAUGUUAUUUACAAAAGGAUUCGUUCUCUUGAAAAUAAAGAUUGUUGAUAAAAAAAGAAACAAUUAAGGUUAAUAGGCAACAUAUAUACACAUCUCUAUAUGGUUACUUUAUGACCCGAUGAUCUGCAUAUUAAUUAUUAAAAAAUAAAACUGAAAAGGAAUAUAUCAUGUCAAUAUAUCCAAAUUGAUCAUAUACAAUUGGUAGAAAGAAUAUAUGGUUGUUAUCUGAAAAUACGAUCCCAACUCCGGAUAAGAAGAUAAAUAUAAUAAUUUCACUAAAAAAUUACUGCCACAUUAUGAAGUUUAUAUUUUAUUUGAAGUUUAGAUAUCGUUUGUGAAGUUACCUAUUUUUUUCGUUUCCAUUUAACUAAAAGGAUAAGUAAAUAAGUCAAAACAUAUAUUUCCUUUCUAUUAACACCGACUCUUUUUAUUAUCCCGUCAUUUAAAGAUUGGAUUCGUUUUGCUUUUUCUGUUAUUGUUCAUUAGAUUAUACUUGCAUGAUUGUAUGAUUUUUAGUAUAUAUACAUCAUUCAAUAAAAUUUUCAAAUGAGAUAACUAUUUUGCUGGAGUUUUCAUAAAUAGAGUCAGCAUAUAUAUGAUUAUAUAAACAUUUCGUUUAUGUCAUUAUGAUUGGAUGCACACGAUGAGACUAUGUCAAAAAAAAAAUUAAAUAAAAAAAAGAUUUUUAGAAAGUUGAGUAAAAAUAAAGUAGUUACCUAGUCGGGUUUAAGAAAUCAUUUCUAAAAAUAUAAAUUAAAUAACAAAUGGCUGCUGCUGAAGAGAGCAUCAAAAGCAAAACCAAACCUGCGGUUAAAACUUAACCCUCUCUGCAACUACAAGACAACAGAGAAAGAGAAAGAGAGAGAGAGAUACGAUCUUGUCUUUUUUUCCUUUUGUUCACGAUACGAUCUUGUCUCUGUUUCGGGAUUAUAUAUAUAACACAAUCAUCAACGAUGUCCUUUUGUCUCUUAACGUCAUCCAAAAAAGGCAACCUUUGAAACAACAACUCAGAGGAUGAUAGAGAAACAUAGCUCCGUCGUCGAGGAAGAAUCACGAUUAGCUGGCCGUACGAUUCUCGUCGGCGUGAAGCUAGACGCACCGAGCAGAGAGCUACUCACUUGGGCUCUCGUUAAAGUCGCCGAGCCUGGUGAUACCGUCAUCGCUCUUCACAUUCUCAGCAACGAGAUUGUUGAAAACUCUUCGCUUCUCUCAUUGGUGAAGACUUUCGACUCUGUUCUCGACGUUUACGAAGGCUUCUGCAAUCUAAAACAGGUGGAUCUGAAGCUGAAGCUGUGUCGUGGCGACUCACCUCGCAAGAUGAUAGCUAGAGAAUCCAAAUCGUUCUCUGCGUCCAAAGUUUUAGUUGGAAUCUCUAAAACUCAUCACGCGAUUCGUUCAUCAGCUUCUGUUGCUAAGUACUUAGCUAAGAAGCUUCCAAAGGAUCGUUGGGUUCUUGCUGUUAACAACGGUAAGAUCGUGUUCCAGAGAGAAGGGUCCGUUAACCAUCCUCAAGGUGAGGAAGAUGUAAGGAAGAACAACUUGUUGAAUGUGCUUCAGAGAUCGGUUACAUUAACUACCACUUCCAAAGUCGUUAGCCAUUCAGAGGAGGUCUCCAAGGAAGAUGAAUCUUGUGGUCAGAGUUUGAAGCAAGCCUUAGUGGCUGCUGCUCGUUCUGAGAGUUGUUCGGUUUGUGGUUCUAUAAAUGAUACAACUGCUAGAGCUUCGGAUAGGAGUGAAGAUGAUGAUGAUAAGUGUCUCAAAGCAAAGGAGACUGUGUCUGAGAAAGGUUCUACAGCUAAACUGGCUAGGAAACAGCCUGAAGCUAUACCAGGUUGGCCUUUGCUUCGCCGAGCUUUUACUUCGGCAGCACAACCAGUUACAUCUCAUAGGCCUUUGAAGCUUCCUCCGAGGAGCAGUAAGCAGAUUGGUUAUGACUCUAUCACCACCAAGAAGUCUUCUCCUGACAAUAGUCCAAGAAAGCCACCUAAGGAGCUAGAGGGACUCUAUGAGAGGUUCUCAUCAGCUUGUCAGGUCUUCAAAUACAAGGAGCUUGUUUCAGCAACCUCAAACUUCUCCACUGAUAAUUUCAUCGGUAUAGGAGGCAGCAGCCGAGUUUUUAGAGGCUGUUUAUCCAACGGAAGAGAAGUAGCUGUGAAGAUCCUCAAACAAACCGAAGAUAUCUUGAAUGAUUUCGUGGCUGAGAUCGAGAUUAUCACAUCGUUACCCCAUAAGAACGUUAUCUCCCUUAUGGGCUUUUGCUUUGAAGACAACAACUUGUUACUUGUAUAUAAUUAUCUCUCAAGAGGAAGCCUAGAAGAGAAUCUUCACGGAGACAAGAAAGAUCCUCUUGCGUUUGGUUGGAGCCAGAGGUUUAAAGUAGCUGUGGGAGUAGCAGAGGCAUUAGACUAUCUGCAUAACACUGCUUCACAACCUGUCAUUCACAGAGAUGUUAAGUCAUCAAACAUACUCUUAUCUAAUGAUUAUGAGCCACAGGUUUCUGAUUUUGGGCUGGCGAGGUGGGCGUCUAUAUCUACAACUCACAUUGUCUGCUCAGAUGUGGCUGGAACCUUUGGCUACUUGGCUCCUGAGUACUUCAUGUAUGGGAAGGUGAAUGAUAAGAUAGAUGUGUAUGCAUUUGGUGUUGUUCUGCUUGAGCUGCUUUCUGGAAGGAAACCUAUUAGCAGUGGAUGUCCAAAGGGACAAGAGAGUCUUGUCUUGUGGGCUAAACCAAUUCUAGACGAUGGGAAGUAUUCUCAGCUACUAGACUCUAGUUUGAAGGAUAACAACAAUGGUGACCAGAUGCAGAGGAUGGCGUUAGCUGCUACUCUUUGUAUCCGACGUAGUCCUCAAGCUAGACCAAAAAUGAGCAUAGUCUUAAAGCUACUCAAAGGCGAUGAAGACACGCUCAAAUGGGCAAUGCAACAAGUGAGUAGCUCCUCAGAUGAAUCAGAGAUGCUCAAGGAUGAGGAAUGUCAAAGAUCUGACUUGCAGUCACACCUUAAAGUAGCGCUUCUUGAUGUUGAAGAUGACUCUCUCUCCAUGGGAAGCUUUGACCAAGGCUUCUCUGUUGAGGAUUAUCUCAAAGGCAGAAACUCCCUUGACUGAAACUAUUGUUGUGUGUGUUUGUAUAUAUAAAAUGGUCGGUGGUGGUGGCUUUGUGGGAGUUCUUUUUAGCCUUCAUUCUUCCACGUUCAAGGGUUGUGAUUGUAGAUUUCAAUUUGUUGAGGGGUGUGUUUCACAAUUUUCAUCUUUUUGGGAUACUUCUUAUAGUAGUUGUAUAAUAAAAUCAAAGAGAAAAAUCCUUGCAAGCAAAGCCAAUUUUUUUUUUUUUGUUAUGCAUCCUCUUUAGAAAUAAAAAGGUUCUGACA